GCCGGGAGAAACAAGAAGGGCAAUAGUGAUAAAUGGUAACCGAAGCUUUCUUCAUUUAAGCCAUCAUACCAAUGUCAACUACAAAGUCUUCAGAUCCUCGUCGCGAGGAUGCUAUUGUGCCCUUUCACUUUCCUCGUAGAAACGAAGAAGAAGAAGAUUAUUCACAAAUGAUAGCUACCUUCAUUUCUAUGGGUAGUAUUGUUUUUAGACACCGUUUCAAGAUGAUUCCAUGGAUAGCUGCUUAUUUUGGUCUAACGGGCACUCUGAAUUCUAGGAAAACCUUCAAAGCAAAAGAUAGUUUAAGCAAUAGCGGUACUUUUAUUGCACUUGUUUCACUAUUCACGUAUUAUUUCAAUCUUUACCUUGCCCACAAGAAAACUAUGGAAGGAGUGGCUAAUGGCGAGAUUGUUGUGGUUUAGUCAUAUAGUAAUUCUUGAGAGAAACUAGCAGCAUGCGUUUUUGGGUAGAUAUUUACGUCGUAAUACGACAAAAGACAGUGAUAGAAACAGUUCAUGUACAACAUAAAUAAAGGAAACUAGUAAUGUAUGGAUUGGCUGAUAUUGUUUA